AUGAGUAAAAUAGUAGGUAUUACUAUUAAUGACUCUAAAAUCUAUUUCUCAAUAAUAGAACGUUCAUAUCCAACAUGUGAAAGAAUUAGACCAUUAGAUUUAGCUAUAUCUUUUCAUGAUGGAAAAUUAAUGUUUUUUACUGAUGCGUUAAAGGCGGUUUAUAUUAAAGCACUUAAAAGUAAAAUAGAACAAGACGCUAAUUGCCAGAAAGUUGUUUCAGAUGAAUAUGAAAUAUGGAUUUUAUUAAUGAAACAAAUAAAUGAAUAUGUCCAAGCUCAAUUAAAUUGUUCAGAACAAUUACAAUAUAUUAUUGCUAUUCCAGAAAAUUCACUUGAAAUAUUUAGAGAUAUUAUUUCUAUUGCUUGUAAAGUAAAUCAAAUGACAUUACUUAGAAUUAUCAAUGUAAAUUGUUGUAGUAUUUUAGAAUAUGCCACAACAGAAUUUUACACAACAAAAAAUAAUGGCUAUAAAAAUAAACUUAUAUUAGGUAUUAAUUUAGAUGACUGUCAUACUUCUAUAACAUCAUAUUUUGUUUCAAGGACAGAAGCUAUUAAAAUUAAUGAAGUAAGUUGUAGUAUUGGACAAAGAGAUUUUCUUUCAUUAACAGCAAAUAUGCUUAAUAUUAAUGAAGAAAGUAAAUUUAAUAAUGAUAUUGAUACUUGGAAUUACAAACACAGAAAAGCUGCUGAAUCAAUAUAUGAUAUUAUUAACAGAUUUUCUGAUUCUAAUGUUACACAAACAUAUUAUACUAAUGAUGAUGGUGACUCUAUUGAAAUUACUAAAGAACAAUUAAAAGAGUCAUUUGAAGAUUUUAUUAAAAAAUUAGUUGGUUUAGUUUCAGACACAAUAAAGAAAACACAAGAAAUCAUUAAAGAAAUUAAAUUUGAAAAUGUCAUUGAUGCUUCAACAAAUACUGUUAUAUCAUCUCAAUUAGAAGAUAUGAAAAAUCUAGAAAUUACUACGUUAUUUUUCUGUGGAGAACAUAAAAAUUCAUUUGUUAAUAGAGAAAUUGAACAUACAGUUGGUGUUAAUUGUGAACCUUCAGUUCAUCAAAAAGAAAUUAAUGCAGAAGGUUGUGGUUGGUAUGUACGUAAAACAGAAUGGAAAGGAAUGACUGGUAAAGAAUUAUUCUUAUUUGAAGACUUUAAUAAAUGUAUUUCAUUCGAUACAGUUAUUCAACCAGAUCAACUUUUUAUUCAGAACAUUCAAAAUAAUCAAACAAUUGAAAUAAUUAAAGUCCCACAAUUAACGUCUGAAUUAAUUAAGCUUCCACCAUUGGACCAAGGAACAUACAAAAUUCUAUUUAAAAAAUUAGAGUAUGGUUGUGAUGACACUUGUUUAAAACAAGAAAUCUGUAUUGGAGAAUUUAAUGUUCAAGAUAAGAAUGAUGUAUUAAAAUUAUGUAUUCAAAAGUUUAUGAAUAACCUUCAAGGAACUGUUGCUUGUUUUUAUGCUGAUGAGCCUUCUGACUAUCUUUUAGAAAAAGGGUGUGAAGGUUGUGAAAGAGAUCCAGAAACAUAUGGACCAUCUGGAAAAGAGUUUGAUGUAUCAAUAUUCUCUAAUUGUAAUAUUGGAGAUGAAGACUUGGAUUUAGUAUGGAAAGAAAUAAAAGAAAAUGGAGGUGUUGAAGCAUUAGAAAGAUAUUCUGAAAUUACGUUGACUGACAAAGAUGUUGAUACUCAAAAAUAUUUGCAAGUUUUUGAAAGGCAAAAAGUUCAAAUGGAAAGAGUUGAAAAAGCAUCUCAAGUUGCUUCAGAAAUUAGAACUGAUAAAAUGAAAAAACUUAUUAAAGAAGUUGGUGAAAAUUAUAAAAGGGAUAUUAUAAAGGAAUUUAACAAGAUGGUUCAAAAAAAUAAAGACAAUCCUGAAGAACUUGAAAGUAAAUGGAAUGAACUUGUUAGUCUCUAUAAAAAUAAGUGA